AUGGCGUGGAGACUGCGAUCUCCAUGGAGGCAUCGAUACGUUUGCUACGAAGGAAGUAGGGCCGGCCCCGCUGGCGCCGCCGUCGCCGACGUUCCGGCGAGAAGAGCUUUUUCAGCGGCGACGGAGGCGGCGGAUUCUCAGUUUCCGGCGAGCCUUAUGAGGAUUUCGCGGCCGGCGCAGAGGGAUCUGAAGGAGCGGAGCGUGCAGUGGGUGUUUCUCGGCUGUCCCGGAGUGGGGAAAGGAACGUAUGCGAGCCGUCUGUCCCGGCUACUCGGUGUUCCUCAUAUCGCCACCGGUGAUCUCGUUCGAGAAGAGCUUGCUUCUUCUGGUCCUUUGGCUCGGGAGCUUGCUGCAAUUGUAAACAAAGGAAAGCUGGUCUCUGAUGAAAAUAUAAUCAAUCUCUUAUCUAAACGUCUUGAGAGUGGCGCUGCUAAGGGUGAAUCAGGCUUCAUUCUUGAUGGUUUUCCGCGAACUGUUAGACAAGCGGAAAUACUGGAUGGAUUCACCGACAUUGACCAGGUGAUCAACCUGAAGCUCAGAGAAGAUGUUCUACUUGAAAAGUGUCUUGGAAGAAGGAUCUGCAGCCAGUGUGGAGGGAACUUCAAUGUUGCUUCUAUUGAUAUCAAAGGAGAAAAUGGAAAGCCUGGUAUAUACAUGGAACCACUUCUGCCACCGUCGAACUGUGCGUCGAAGCUCAUUUCUCGAACUGACGAUACUGAAGAAGUCGUGAAAGAACGUUUACGAGUAUACCAGGCCACGAGUAAGCCAGUGGAGGAAUUCUACCGCAGUCAAGGAAAGCUGCUGGAGUUCCAUCUGCCUGGAGGAAUUCCAGAGUCUUGGCCCAGACUUCUCCAAGCACUCAACCUUGAUGAUUUCCAUGAAAAUCAAUCUGCAGCUGCUCAAUAAUCAUUAAAGAAUAUAUAUAUAUAUAUAUAUAUUUCAAUUAUAAUGUUAUAACACUGAUAUCUGACGUUGAAAAAGGUGUUCAUAGCAGGUAUAUCAUUCCAAUGUAUUUAUUAGUUUUGUUUCUAUAAAUUACUUAUUUUCAAAUAAGGGGGAAA